GGAGGAGGAGAAGGAGUAGGAGGAGGAGUGGAGUGGCCCAGGCUCAUGGACAGCGGCUGUUCUCAAGCAGCUUUAAUAACUACCUUUACUUGGGGUCUGUCAACUUGAUAGACGGCGAAAGAAACUGUUUGUAACCAGACACGGAGACUUUUAUUCGUCCGAGGCUUCUCAACCGACUCACCGUGGCUGUCUGGCUGACUGACUGACUGACUUCCACAGGAAUGGCAGCAGCGGAGUAGAUCCUCGGGUUGAGCUGCCCGAAAUAACUCGGACUUUUCUUUUUAAAGCACUUCGUGGAUUCCCGUGGGUUCGGUCUGUGAUGGUAGAUGGCAUCAUGAAUCUCCUGCUUGUGGUCCUAAUGGUUUUACCAGCCGCCACUGCAGAAGAUAAAGCCACUGCGAGUGACUUUGAGUGUGUGUGCGAGGGGCAGUCAUGCAGCAGUGGCGGACGCUGCUUUGGGCAACAGUGCUUCUCCUCUCUCUCCAUCCGGAACGGGACGGCCCUCCACCAGAAGGGAUGCAUUGUGGGUAGGGAGGAAGAGGCGGUCUGGUGCGGAAGCACCCCGUCGGCAUUUGGCGUCACGGUGCACUGCUGCCAGGGAACACUGUGUAACAGCAACAUUACCGUGGAGAUGCCAAGCACAGACUCCACUGCAGUCUCCACGCAGCACGAGUGUGUGUGUGAGGGACCGGAGUGUGUGAAGGGUGGGCGGUGUGUAGGAGAGCAGUGUUUCUCCUCCGUUACAGUGACUGGUGGGAACUUUCAGCACCACAAGGGCUGUUAUUCCUCCUUACAGAGGGAUGGAGCUAAAUGUGGCACGCCCACUUCACCUGACAGCAUCAUCAGCUGCUGCGCAGGCCACCUGUGUAACGCGAACAUCACUGUGGAGCCACCAGUCAGAGAUGUGGAGGUGAAGCAGCCUCCUAAGGAGCACGAGUGCGUGUGCGAGGGCCGUUCGUGUGCGAGUGGUGAGCGGUGUAUGGGGCAGCAGUGUUUUUCGUCUCUGACGCUGAGUGAUGGGGUGCUGCUGUAUCAGAAGGGCUGUUUCACUGUGUAUGAGCAGGGCCGCAUGACUUGCAAAACCCCACCCUCACCUGACCAGAUCGUGGAGUGCUGCCAGGCUCACCUGUGCAACAUGAACCUCAGCGUGGCUCUACCUGUGCGAGUGGUGGAGGGCCCUGACUACAGCGUAACAACAUUGGCCAUUGUGAUUGUGGCUCCAGUGAUUGUGCUUAUCUUCCUCUCUGCUGCGGCCAUCUUGGUGUUCCGUCGGAUCCACCAUAACCAGAUGGAGCGGCUGACUGCUCGAGAUGCAGAGUAUGGCACCAUCGACGGGCUCAUUGCGUCCAACGUUGGAGAAAGCACACUUGCGGAUCUGUUGGACCACUCCUGCACGUCAGGCAGCGGUUCAGGACUGCCUUUCUUGGUACAGCGGACAGUUGCCAGACAGAUCACUUUGAACGAGUGUGUGGGGAAAGGGCGCUAUGGAGAGGUGUGGAGAGGUCAGUGGCAGGGGGAGAACGUGGCUGUGAAAAUCUUCUCAUCCCGAGACGAGAAGUCUUGGUUCCGAGAGACGGAGAUCUACAACACAGUGCUGCUGAGGCACGAGAACAUUCUGGGCUUCAUCGCAUCAGACAUGACCUCUCGUAACUCCAGCACUCAGCUGUGGUUGAUCACACACUACCAUGAGAUGGGCUCCCUGUACGAUUACCUGCAGCUGAGCACACUGGAUGCCCCGUCUUGCCUGCGGAUGGCGCUGUCCAUCGCCAGCGGCCUGGCCCACCUGCAUGUGGAGAUUUUCGGCACACAGGGGAAACCAGCCAUCGCCCAUAGAGACCUGAAGAGCAAGAACAUCCUGGUCAAUAAGAACGGCCAGUGCUGCAUUGCUGAUCUUGGGUUGGCUGUCAUGCACUACCAGGACACCAAUGAGCUGGACGUGGGGAAUAACCCUAAAGUGGGCACCAAGCGCUACAUGGCUCCUGAGGUGCUGGACGACUCCAUUCAAGUGGACUGCUUUGAGUCUUACAAAAGAGUGGACAUCUGGGCCUUUGGCCUUGUGUUGUGGGAAAUUGCCAGACGGACAGUCAGCAAUGGUAUUGUAGAAGACUACAAGCCUCCCUUCCAUGAUGCAGUGCCUAGUGACCCCAGCUUUGAGGACAUGAAAAAGGUGGUGUGUAUAGACCAACAAAGACCAAACAUCCCCAACAGAUGGUUCUCAGAUUCUACUUUAACCUCCAUCGCCAAGCUCAUGAAGGAGUGCUGGUACCAGAACCCAUCUGCUCGGCUUACAGCCUUGCGCAUCAAAAAGACUCUGACAAAAAUCGAUAACUCUCUGGACAAAAUAAAAGCGGACAUUUGAACUCCUUCCGUACGGAAGAUUGUCAAAGGCCUUUACCAAGUCCAGCGAAGACUCGGCUGGAGUACUGGGGUGGGGUGGGGGGAAGGGACCGCUUGGGCACUGUGCUCUCCCAGAGGCACAAUGUAUUUAUUUUAAACACGCAGUGGGACAUGUUUUGGCAUCCAAAGAUGGCACAGUGGGCAUUUAUAAAGACUACAGAAAGUUCUUGAGACCUAGCUUUCACAUGUAGUCACAUUCUUCAAAGAAGAGACUGUUACAGUAGCAGGACCUUGGAGAAAGUGGCUUUAGAGCUACGGUUUACUUCUAACGCAGCUUUGAUUUUUAGAACUGUCUGAAAACAGCGUCUUUCAUUUAGCAAUAUUGACCGUGCUUCUUUUUGGUUUUUUGCACUGGCAAGUCUCUAGCAUUCCUUACUUGCACUGUUACAGAAGAAUUGAGAGGGAAAAAAAGAUGACAAUUUGCCAAAUAAAAGGUUAUUUUAUAUUCCACUUCCACCAUAUCCUUAUCCAUAAUCAGAGACAAAGUAUACUUAGUUUUAUUUUGGCUGCCUUUUUUGUUGUGUACUUUUGCACUGGCGUUUACAAUUGCAAAAAAGUGUCUCUGUAUUCAUUCGUGUCACUCAAUCUGUAAUUUAUUUAACUCCGUUUUUGACUGGUACGAUGGCCACCUUGUCACUGUUCUGCCUGAGAUGUUUAACUUGUCACAUAUUUUUUGUAUCAUUGAGCAUUUAGCUUUUUUCCUUUUGUUUGUUUCAUAAGCUUUAUUGAGUACAGAUGCUAAAAGAGUAAAUAAAAAAUACUAGAAGUUCCUUAACUCCA